AAGAGUCGCAGGACAUCAACAACCAUCACAAGCAUCGUUCGUCCCUUGCAGAUCAAGCUGAUCCAUAAACCGGAGUGGUACGUACCAUUCCUUACCAUCGCGAGCCUGGCACAGCAGUUCAUGCGCGAGAUGACGGCUCCACGAGCGUGGUUUCUGCUAGCCUUCCCUCUCUUCCUCUUACUCGUGCGCUGCACGUUGGCUACGUUCAGCGCCAAGAGAGCGAGGAAGCAGCAGCAGCAGCUAGACCACCACCGUCUUCCGCCUUCGCCCCCGGCGCUGCCUGUCCUCGGCCACCUCCACCUCAUCGGUUCGCUCCCUCACGUCUCCCUCCGGCGCCUCGCCAGGCAGCACGGCACGGACCUUAUGCUGCUCCGCCUCGGCGCUAUGCCGGUGCUCGUCGUGUCGUCGCCGCGUGCCGCCGAAGUGGUGCUGCGCACGCACGACCACGUGUUCGCGUCCCGGCCGCACUCCCUGGUCGCCGAGGUCGUCCUGUACGGCCCGUCCGACGUCGGCUUCGCGCCGUACGGGGACUACUGGCGGCAGGCGAGGAAGCUCGUCACCACGCACCUGCUCAGCGUCAAGAGGGUGCAGUCGUUCCGCCUCGCCCGCGAGGAAGAGGUGAGCACGGUGAUGGCCCGGAUCGGUGAGGCGGCCACCGCGGGCGCGGCGGUGGACGUGGGCGAGCUGCUCGGCUCGUUCACGAACGACCUGGCGUGCCGCGCCGUGAUGGGCAAGUCCUUCCGCAGCGAGGGCCGGAACAAGCUGUUGCGGGAGCUCGUCCGCGACACGUCCCCGCUGCUGGGCGGCUUCAACGUCGAGGAGUUCUUCCCGUUCCUGGCUCGCUUCGGCGUGCUCAGCAAGGUGGUCCGCACGAAAUCCGAGAGAUUGAGGCGGAGGUGGGACGAGCUGCUGGACGGGCUGAUCGAGGACCAUGAGAGCAAGUACGAGUCGGCGGCGGCGGCGAGUGAUCCAAAGGACGACGACGACGACUUCAUGCAUGUUAUGCUCUCCGUUCGACAGGAGUACGGCCUCACCAGAGAGCAGAUGAAAGGCAUCCUGCUUGACGUGUUCUUCGGGGGAAUAGGCACAUCAUCUUCGAUACUCGAGUUCGCCAUGGCCGAGCUCAUGCGGAGGCCACACAUGAUGAAGAAACUACAAGCCGAGGUAAGGGGCAGCAAGCCCGAGCAGCUGGGACAAGCAAUCAUCAGCGAACCCAACCUAAACAACAUGGCCUACCUGAGAGCUGUUGUAAAGGAGACGCUCCGGCUACGUUCCGUGACGCCGCUCCUCGCGCCUCACUUCUCCACGGCCAGCUGCAGCAUCGACGGGUCCGUGGUUCCCGCGGGGGUGCGGGUUCUGAUCAACGUCUGGGCCAUCGCCACGGACGCGCGCUUCUGGGAGGACGCGGAGGAGUUCGUUCCCGAAAGGUUUCUCGGCGACGGCAGCGCGGCGGAUGUUAGCUUCAAGGGUAACGAUUUCCGGUUCUUGCCCUUCAGCGCCGGACGCAGGAUGUGCCCCGGGAUGAACUUUGGGAUGGCCACCGUCGAGCUGAUGCUGGCGAACCUCAUGCACCGUUUUGACUGGGAGUUGCCGGCGGGGAUGGAGACGCGCGACGUUGAUAUGUCGGAGGUGUUCGGGCUAGUGGUGCACCGGAAGGAGAAGCUCCUCUUAGUUCCAAAAAUUUCGUGUGUAGCAUCGUCUUGCAUCCAAGCACGUCAGUAAAUGUUGCAUGGGUUAUACAACAUGAUGAUUAGUCGUAUCCGAGCGACAUUAGUUUAAUUAUUUUCAUAGAUUGUUUGUAUGUGGAUCUCGUUUGUGCUGUUGUGCAUAACGUGGCGUAUAUGAUUGUUUGUAAUGAUCAAGUAAAUUUCUCGAUUAUUAAGUUCA